AUGUGGAAGGCCAUUUGGAGGGAGGAGGUGGUACCUGCCCUACCAUCCGACUGUGUGAAAGAGCUACUCGAGCAGGAGUUUUGUCGGCUUCGUGCAGAGCUGGUGUGCGAAACUCAAGGCCUGCUGAAGCAAAAUCUCCUGGAGUGCAAGAAGGCCUUCUCUGAAGAGCUGCUGGCAUUCGAGACCCUGUUGAUCAAGGAGUUGAACUUCAAGGAUGAGCCGCUCCUUCACGCACCUGUCGUGUUCCAGGACCUGGGCUUGCCGUGCACACCGCGAAGACAACCUCGAACACAGGACAACGACACUCCGGAGAAGUCAGCAUGGUCUGCGGCAGUCGCGGUGACACGGCCGAGUCUGCUGGAUAUGCCACUACCAUGCUGGUGCUCAUGGGAGCGAGACGAGCUGCAGGUGUACCGGAUGAAUAGGCAUGAGGAGGACGGCAACGAGAACGAGCAGACCCCGAACACGUCCGGAGCGCUAGAGAUCGAGGAGCAGUACGGGGGCCGUUGGGAAGAGCUGCGCAGCACUGGAGUUGAGGCUCCUCCGACGGGAAAGGCGGCACCUCUGCUUACACCGCUUAUGCUUCCUGUGCAACGCAGAGGACUACCGACGCCACCUUACAUGAGCAGCGAAGAGGACGGCAACGAGAAUCAGCAGACCCCGAACACGUCCGGAGCGCUAGAGAUCGAGGAGCAGUACGGGGGCCGUUGGGAAGAGCUGCGCAGCACUGGAGUUGAGGCUCCUCCGUCAGCAAAGGCGGCACCUCUGCUUACACCGCUUAUGCUUCCUGUGCCACGCAGAGGACUACCGACGCCAGCUGACAUGAGCAGCGAAGAGGAGCUGGAAGACAUUGGUGAAUUGGAGGAGCGAUAUCCGUAUGAUGUCUACCUCUAUAUGUAUGACAUCACGGACGGCUUGGCUUGCCGGUAUUCGCCACUUCUUUUUGGCCAACGCAUUCGGGCCCUUUAUCAUACUGGGGUUGUGGUGCGAUGGCUCGAUGGCGAUUUGGAGUAUUGGUUCGGUGGUCGCAUCCACACAAAGUCAGCGGGGCACACACCUUAUGGUGAGCCGCUGGAUAGAAGGUUCAUGGGCACGACUUUCAGGACACAAGAAGAGAUUGGGGCCUUCCUGGAGCUUUCGUCGUCCACCUUUGUUCCGAAUUCCUAUGACAUUGCCUUCCACAACUGCAACUCCUUCUCCGCGGCGAUGUUGGAGUUUCUGUGCGAAAUGCAACUUCCGCCUGAUGUACUGGAACAGGCUGGCGUGGUCCUAAAUACCUACACGGGCUACCUUGGCUACCAAGUUUGGAAGACGCUUAACAGAUGGGACACAGCCAGACCGCGGCUGUAA